AUGUCCACAAUAAAGCGGUACAUUGAGCAACUAUCGAAGGAUUUCUUCAAGAAGGAGAACUUGCGUGGCAAGACAUGGUGGUUAUCAGUCUUUUACAGUCUAGUAAUACAAACUUUGGUUCGAGCGUUCAUGAAAACUAUUAAUCUUCACCUAGCAGUGCGAUUAUUUAUAGCAACUUCUGGAGCUCAUGAUCCACUAGCACGCAGCAUACCCGUACAGGGUAGUCGACUAAAAGCGUUGGCAGGUUGUGAUUCGUGUAAAAGGCGUAAGUUAGAAUGUACGAGGUGGAAACCGUCCUGCGAAGCUUGUCAAGAUUUUCAAUGUCCAUGUAUAUAUGGUGGAAAAUCGGAGAUAGAUGAUUCCGAAAUCAAGAACUACAACGUUGCCAGCCUAUCGGUACAAGAAGAAAAGUGGCGAUCUUAUGGAUUGAAUAGUCCAGGGGACUUCUAA